ACAAGUAGGCCUGAAUUUGAUUACCACAUACCAUUCAAGCACAAAAUUAAAAAUGUACACAUUUUCUAUUAGUCACAACUCGUCCUAUUCUUGUAAUAUCUGAUAUUCUUUCAGACAAAUUGAGACCUUUAAAAUCAGUUACAUUUAAUAUUUGUUUUCUAACAUGUUUUUUCUAACAUGAUUACGACAAAUUAAAUCUAGGCAAAAGUAAAUAUGUAUUUGAACUAAACAUUAGAUCAUAUAGUGCAUUCAUGAAUUCAUAGUUUGUGCUCAUGUUUUCUUCAAUAUCUGAUGUCUCACUACAAGGACAUCAAAGUUUUUUUUUUUUUUUUUUUUUUUUUUAAGAUAUUGAAGAGAUUAAAAAAUACAUGUUUAGUAACUGAAGCCCUGUUUUGGUAGCAGUAUAAGUCAAAACUAACAUGUUUACUCAGGUUCAACAUAAUUAGCAUCCAAAAAAAAAAAAAAACAUUGUCUGGGGAAAUCAUUCACUGCACUGCAGACAAACACACAUACCAACAUCUACAGCCAAGUCUGAGUUAUCAGUCUUGAUCUGAGUGUUUACUAAAGGGAAGGGUUUGUACGUGUUCAGCUAAGUCAAGGAUGACAAGACUUUUCCAUGUAAACUAGGACAACAUUUACCAAACUGCCUCUUAUUGAAGUGCAAGGAUUUUAUACGAGUCAACUGAAGGAAUCUUCUGACCGGCAAGACAGAAUGGAGGUAAAGGUGUUUGUUGAAGGAGUCCAGCGCAUUGUUUGUGGAGUCACUGAGAAAACAACAUGUCAGGAGGUGGUCAUCGCUUUAGCACAGGCACUUGGUCGCACUGGUCGAUAUACUCUGAGAGAAAAAUUCAAAGAAUUUGAACGUAACGUGUCUCCGGAUGAACGUCUCCUGGAGUCCUUGGAGAAAUAUGGUGAGCAAGCUAAGGAGGUGCAGCUAACUUUGAAGCAUAUCGGUCCAUCGUUUGGGGAAGAAACAAACCAGCCCAUGGCCCUAUUGAGGCGAGCGGAGGGAAUGGGGAGAGCACGGAGAGGCAGCGGGGCAAUUGCCCUACAGCGUCAGAGUCUCCCGCUGCUAUCACACCUCUGCAUUCACUCCGAGCCACCCCCUGAGGAACCAAAGAAACCCAAGCGGAAGUCACUGACGCUAAUGGAGGAAGCAUGGGGUUGGUUGGAAAAUUUGGGCAGGGGCGGGAAGCAGCAAUCAGGACGAGAUAAGGAGAAAAACAAGGAAGGCAAUAAAGGAAAUGGGCACUCAGAUAACGCAUCUCUUAAACCAACCAAAAGUAUCCCAUCCUCUGGGACACCGCUGUCGAGGGACAAAAAAGACAAAAUUAGAGCACCACAUCAGCCUUUGAUCAGUUGCCUUGGAAACCGUUGGAGAUGCACUGAUAAUGGUGCUGAAUGUGAGAGACAAGAGGAAGAAGUACAGAAAGAUUCAAAGGAGGAACUGAAAACCAUCAAUCCAGUGGUUCCUAUGGUCAAAACAAGCCAUGCUGAAAGCGAGAGUGAGGAGAUUUCACAUUUAAGGAGAUUAGUUGCCCAACAACAGGCUUGUCUGCAAGAACUAAAUCUCAAAAUCGAGUCAACAGACCAGCUGAUCUUUGAGCUUGAGCAGCUGCAAGCCACCAGGGAAUUUUCAGAGUCCCAGUCAGAAGAAGAGGAACAGCUCAAGUUCUGGCUCAAUGAGCUCAAGGCGGAGGAAGUCUUUGAGAGAGACCUUCAGCAGCAGUUCUUUCAGAUAAAAGAAGCAGCUACUGAGUGCAAAGUUAAACUAGAAGAGUACAAGCAGAAAAUGCAAGCAAUGGACCUGAGAAACUCCCAGCAGAAAACAGGAGAUGACAACAUCACUGCACAGAAUAGCCAAGUAGAUGUGCCAAAACAUGCCCAAACAAGCAUCAAACAAAUACAGAUUUCCGCAGACGGAACGCAUGGAGAUGGUGGAACAAAAAGGGUGAUAACAAUGCUGGAGUCCAAACUCCCAUACGUGUUUGUUUCAGCAAAUCAGAUAUCACAUCCUCCUCUAAGCGGACCAGCAGACCUGAGGGAAUGGUGGACACGAUGGUCUCAAAGCCAGAAUCCAAGAUCAGUGACAAAACCCAAGACAGUGCAUCGUUCUGAAGUCACCAUACAGCUGGGAAGCACCAGAGUUUAAGCACAUGAAACCCCUUCUUUUCCGUUCAGGGAUAUCUCUAUUUUUGAUGACACAAAAGUUUGCGAAGGCAUGAUUUACAGGUGCAUCUCAAUACAUUAGAAUGUCGUGGAAAAGUUCAUUUAUUUCAGUAAUUCAACUCAAAUUGUGGA